AGGUAAGAAUAUAGAAUCAAAUUUCCCUUUACAUCUCUCCUCUCCCACGGAAGAUGUCUUACCUAACCAUUUAAUAUGUUUUAUAAAAUCAAUCCCUUGCUUCAUCACUCCAUCUAUAUAUAGACUUUCACUAACAGUAGUAAACACACAAAAGUUAAACUAAAGCAAGAGAAAGUCAAAGUAAAGCGAUAAUAGUCAUGGCUGCCGUCAAAGUUCACGGUGCUCCACUCUCCACCGCCUUCCAACGAGCUGUGGUUUGCCUCUACGAGAAGGAGGUCGAUUUCGAAGUUGUUCCCGUCGACAUGCGAGCUGGAGCCCAUAAACAAGAGCCUUUCAUUUCUCUCAACCCAUUUGGUCAAGUUCCAGCUUUUGAAGAUGGAGAUUUACAGCUAUUCGAAUCGAGGGCGAUUACGAAGUACAUAGCAGAGGAAUAUGCAGAAAAGGGAACACAAUUGAUACCCUUUGAGACAAAGAAGAAGGCAAUUGCAUCGGUUUGGAUGGAGGUGGAAGCUCAUCAAUUUGACCCAGUGGCAUCGAAAUUGGCGUGGGAGAUAAUAUUCAAACCCAUGUUUGGGAUGACGACUGACCAAGCAGCGGUGGAAGAAAACGAGGCUAAAUUAGCAAAGGUUCUGGAUGUGUAUGAGAAUCGGCUCUCUAAAUCCAAGUACAUGGGUGGUGAUUGCAUCACCUUGGCUGAUCUUCAUCACCUUCCUAACUUGCAGUGUUUGCUGGGAACAAAUGUGAAGAGUCAGUUUGAGAGUCGGCCCCAUGUCAAGGCUUGGGUGGCUGAUAUAACUUCAAGGCCAACUUGGGCUAAGGUUCUUGCCAUGCUCAAACCUUAAGCUAGGCUUGUGGAUUUGGUCACUGAAUAAAAGUGUUGUGGGGAAAUUAUUAUGUAGUUGAGUGGGUGCUUGUUUUACUAUUUACUUUAGUUUUUGUUAUGAUGAUGUUUGAUUUGAUCAUAUGUAGUAUGUAUGUACUUUCUUAAACUUCAAUUUGGUUGUUGAAGAGGUUUAUGCUUAUGUUGCCCCCACUUUUUUCCUUUAAUGAUAAUAAUGUUCUCUUUUCUGGAUU